AAAUUCAGGGAACAAUUUCAGGAACAUCUUGAGCUUUGAUGCAAGGACACAGAAAAGAGAAACCACCUGUGUUCAGACUUUUUCUGUUCAGUGUUGAAGACUUCUCUUUAUAGAGAUUCUGUUUCUCUUUCUUUGACCAGUUUCCACAGAGCAGCCAUGCCUGAGUACAAGCUGGAGGUGACAACAGGUGACAUGAAACAUGGAGGAACAUUUGAUCACAUUCACCUCACCUUAUUUGGAAAGGACGGGCAGAGUGAGAGAACCGAGCUGGACAACUUUGGUAUCGACUUUACAACAGGGAAAGUGGGCACCUACAUCCUGAAAACCAGUUCAUCACUUGGUAAACUCCUGCUGAUCAAGGUUGAAAAGGACCCCUUUUUUAUUCUCCCAGAAGACGAGUGGUUCUGCUCCAAAAUAGUGGUGACGACUCCGGAGGGGGACGUUCUUCUUUUCCCCUGUUACAGAUGGAUCUCCAGGGGGGAGCUGGUGGAGCUGAGAGGAGGGAGAGCCAUGAAGGUUUUUGAGGACGACCAUCCCCUGCUGAUUGAGCACCGGAAACAAGAGCUGACGUCGAAAAAAAGCUUCUACCAAUGGAAGAUUUUGUCUGAAGGAUUGUCCCACAUCAACCAUUUCAAUAGUCCGUCAGAGCUCCCAGCUGAGGUCCGCUUCUCUGAGUCCAAAUCGACAGAAGUCAGCAAAACACAAAACAUAAUGGGUUUGGAACUAAAGAUCAAGGGGCUGCUGGGAUCCCCUGAAAAAUGGGAAAGCAUUGAUGAUAUGAAAAAAAUAUUCUGGUUCAAAAAGACAACAAUGUCAGAGUACGUUGCAGAGCAUUGGAAAGAAGACGACUUUUUUGGAUACCAGUUCCUGAAUUCUGUCAACCCAAACGUGAUCACGAGCUGCUCAGAGCUUCCCCAAAACUUUCCCGUGACGGACGAGAUGGUGAAGCAGUUCCUGGAAAAUGGAAACUCUCUGCAGAGUGAAAUCGAGAAAGGCAACAUAUUCCUCUAUGAUCAGAGGAUAAUGGAUGGUAUACCAACUAGACCCUAUGAUGGAGAACCUCUGCAUGUUGCUGCUGGUCUCUGUUUGUUAUACUUGAACCCUGAAAACAAACUGAAGCCCAUUGCAAUACAGCUGUCUCAACAACCGUCAGAUCAGAGCCCCAUCUUUCUGCCCAGUGACCUCGAGACAGAUUGGCUGCUGGCCAAGAUGUUUAUCAAAAAUGCAGAUGCGAUUGAUCACCAAGCGGUCCAGCACCUCAUGAAGACUCACUUUCUGUCGGAGGCCUAUGCUGUAGCCACCCUCCGCAGCUUCCCAGUCAUUCAUCCCAUCUACAAGCUGCUGUUUCCACACUUUCGGUACACUCUCCACAUAAACACUGGAGGCCGAACAUCUCUUUUUGGACCUGACGGGGCUUUAAGUAUUAGUUCCCUUGGAUAUGACGGGAUGACAGCGCUCAUGAGAAAGUCUCUCUCUGAGCUGACCUACAGCUCUCUCUGUCUGCCAGACAACAUCACUGCACGAGGCCUGGACUCCAUCCCCAAUUUCUACUGCAGAGACGACGGCCUGAAGUUGUGGAAAAUCAUCAACAGCUUUGUAAAGGCAGUCGUGGAGUACUACUACCCAUCAGACAGUGAGGUCAAAAAAGACACAGAACUGCAGGAAUGGAUAAGUGAGAUAUUCACACAUGGCGUCUUAGGAAACAACGCCUCAGGGUUUCCAUCUUGCUUUAAUACUGUUGAAGAAGUGAUCAAGUUUAUCACCAUGGUGAUCUUCACAGCUACAGCUCAACAUGCUGCAGUCAAUAGUGGACAGUAUGACUACAACUCGUGGAUACCCAAUGCCUCACUCCUGCUGCACAAACCUCCUCCGACCGCUAAGGGUCAGUCAAGCAUGGAGACUAUUUUGGAGACCCUUCCAGAUGUUGGAGAGACUGUCAGCUUUGUCGCAAUACUGUGGCUGCUUUCAGAGCAAUACACUGACGAGGUUCCCUUGGGUGCUUAUCCAGAAGAACGGUUCGAUGAACCUGCUGUUAAGAGGAUGAUUAAAGAAUUUCAGGGGGAGUUGUCCUACCUCGAUGAGGAAAUCACAGCAAGAAACUCAGAGCUUGAAAUACCUUACACAUAUCUGAUCCCUAGUCAGAUAGAAAACAGUGUAACUAUUUAGGAAAUGCAUGCAUAUCAUCAACUCCUCUCUGUCAAGUGGUGUGUUCACUACUGCAUUCAAGCAAGCUUGGGUCACCCCACAGGGCAGAAUGAGUCAUUUCAUUAUGCUUAAAAUAAAUGCAUAUGCAUUUUACAAUUAACAAAAUCCAAAUAAAGAUGGCCUGAUCUGUGUUAAUAUGUCUGUCCCCAACCUAUUUAUUCUUCAACUACAUGCAUUCUUAACCUUCUAAAAACAAUAGCCUAACACAU